CUCCUCCGCCACUCCCUUCCUACUCCCGGCCGCACUCACAGCGUGACCCGGGACACGGCGAUGCUGACGGGCACGCUCCGCUCUUUGAAGGCGGUGGUGAUGAAACAACCGAAGUGUCAGCACUUCAACAGAAUUGAUACCAGUCAGUAGCUGAUGAUGUAGUCUUCUGAGAAGGAGUAGCCUGCUUGCUUUGGUUGAGAUGUUUCUACUCUAUUCUUCAAGUUACUGAGCGAUUCCUUUAUUCAUCUAUAAACAAAAUCGCAAGUGUUGACACUGACCAUCAACAGAGAUGAUGAUGUUUUGAGUUUUUCAGUUUGGAUCUACAAAGUAUGGAGAAUAAGAAGACAAACAGAAGACCUGGCAAAAGUCUGAAAAAAGGAGGACCAGUUGUUCCCAUGAGUGCGUGGCUGGAGCCAUAUGAUCUUAUCAACACAUUUGAGAGCCCUGCCCAAACACUGAGAGAGAUUUUGCUGCAGCAAUGACUGUCAUAGAAGAGAGUCGCCCUUUUGCCCAGCAGCUAUCCAAUGUCUACUUUACUAUACUUUGCCUUUUUUGUUUUAAACUUUUUGUGAAAAUCAGCCUUGCUAUACUUAGUCAUUUCUACAUUGUGAAAGGAAACCGUAAGGAAGCAGCAAGGAUAGCUGCUGAGUUUUAUGGGGUUCCUCAAGGACAAGGUUCAUGGGCAGAUCGCUCACCUCUGCAUGAGGCAGCCAGUCAAGGACGUCUUCUUUCUCUAAAGACUUUAUUGUCACAGGGGUACAAUGUAGACACACUAACAAUUGACCAAGUAACUCCACUUCAUGAAGCCUGUCUGGGAGAUCACGUAGGAUGUGCAAGAAUUCUUCUUGAAGCAGGAGCAAAUGUGAAUGCUACAACAAUUGAUGGAGUCACACCUUUAUUUAACGCCUGUUCGAGAGGCAGUGCAGCAUGUGCUGAGCUCCUGUUAGAGUAUGGUGCCAAAGCUCAGUGGGAGACCUGUCUUCCCUCACCAACUCAUGAAGCAGCCAGCAGAGGUCACAGUGAAUGUCUGGAAGUACUGAUAUCUUGGGGUAUAGAUGUUGACCAAGAUCUUCCUCAUUUAGGAACGCCUCUGUAUGUAGCAUGUGUUUCACAGCAGAUCCAUUGCAUUCGAAAGCUUCUUUAUGCAGGUGCCAACGUGCAGAAAGGAAAGUAUUUAGAAACUCCACUCCACGCUGCUGCUCAACAUUCUAGUACAGAGAUUGUAAACUUACUUCUUGAAUUUGGGGCAGAUAUAAAUGCCAAAAAUACAGAUUUUGAGAGGCCUGUUGAUUUAGCUGCUCCAAGCAGUUCAGUAGAGAGGCUGCUGCUCCUCCAUGAAGCCACACCAUCUUCUCUUUGUCAGCUCUGCCGACUAUGUAUCAGAAGUUACAUAGGAAGAGCAAGGCUGCAUCUUGUCCCACAACUCCAGCUGCCAACAAUACUGAAGAAUUUCUUACAGUAUAGAUAACAAAGUAAUUAACCUUCAGAAACUUGAAUAGCAACUACUUUUUCUUCUUUCUGUUUAUUAUAUGUUUUAUCGAAAGAACUGCUGGGCGGAAAACUAAAAAAAAAAGCCUUUUGCAUAUUACUUAAGUUUUUGACACCUGGUGUUGAUAUAUAUUAAUAAUUGGGAGCCAUUCAGCAACUGGUACCAAGGUGCUAAUAAGGCUGAAUAGAAUGGAAAAUGAUUGUAUAGCUUUAGCUUAACACUUACUAAAUAGCUUUAGUGCUGUUAAUUGUAUUUAUACUUCUAAAAUCUGUUUGACACACCUGAACCACAAAGAGUUUCUUUGUUAAGUUUGUCCAUUUCAGGUCAUUAUUUUAUGUGUUUUUCAAUUUCUAUGGUGUACCUAAAAAUAUGUGGUGAUAGGUACACUAUAUACAUUGAUAAAAAUAAAACAACUAAAUGUCAUUUUUCUUUAUGUAGAGAAUUUAUUUAAUGACAGCAAGAGGAUCUCUUUGUUAUUCCCCACUGCCAGUGCUGUGAAUCGGAAUUAUGCUGCUGUGAACAUAAUCACAAUUGUAUUCAUUUUUUUUCAGCCCAGGUUACAGUUGCUCUGUUGAUUAGUACAAUUCAUAACUUUUAAAAUUUCAGAGGAGUAUUCCCAAAAAAAAUUUAAUACUGAAAUACUUUUAAUCUCCUCUUGUAGAACAGAAUGAUCUGGGCUCUUUAUUUUUUCCUAACAAUGAUGCAUCACAACUCAU